UUAAAUGAACACAAAAAUAAGAAUGAAUUUGAAGACGACACUAGGGUUUUCAAUGAUUUGGCGGUGGUGGGAUCCUGGAAUUGUGAUAUUGGAAGGUGGGGUUCGGUCCGGCGGUAAUGGCUACGAUCAGCAAGAUAUGAUUCGGAGAAUCAAACCCAACAUUAAAGGGUUUGAUUGGGUAUCGGAGAGAAGGAAAGAGAGAGGAUUUGGCGAUGUGGGGAGAAUAUUGAGGCGAAUCUUCAUCUUGAUCAUCAUCAAGGCAAGAUUGAAGAUGGAAAGAGGGACAAUUGGUUGGCAAAGAGAGUAUCGUGAGGAAUGGUGAGAGUAUGAGGAAGAGGUUAAAAAUAUCGGUGCCCCAUUUUGAUAACUCGGAGCUCCUGAAGACUUACGCCAAGACUCUCAUUGGGAGGUGUAUGAAUCCUCCGGAGCAAGAUAUGAAGGCUUUGCUUCAGAAUUUGCCAAAGAUUUGGAAAAUGGAAGAUCGGGUGGUGGGGACUGACCUCGGUUUUGGAAAGUUUCAGUUUGACUUUCAGAGUGAGGAAGAUAUCCAAACGGUACUGAUGCUCCAACCUUUUCACUUCGACUACUGGAUGUUAGCAUUGGCAAAAUGGCACCCGGGAAAUUCGCAAGCAUUUCCGUCGGAGAUUCCAUUUUGGGUACGGGUUGUGGGGAUUCCGAUGGCGUUCCGGACAGUGGAUACGAUGCAGAGCAUUGGAGAUGCCAUUGGAAGAACAGUGGCCUUAGAUGUGAAACAUUGCCGUGUGCAAGUGGUGGUGGAUGGGUUCUCAACACUUUGUUUUGAAACCACUAUCGAUUUCAAAGGGGGGGUGUUCUACGCUGGGGAGGAAGCAUCUAUUGCACUGAGGUACGAGAAGUUAUUCGGGUAUUGUCAAACGUGUGGUAGCUUAUGCCACAAGGAGGAGAAAUGCCCUUUAAAGGCACCGGCUACUGCGUCUGAGCAGGUGAAACCAGACAUAAGGGAAGAUAAUGGUGGUUGGAUUGAGUGUGGGAAGCACGAUGAGAGAGCAAGGAGUUACAAGGGAGUGCUCCUCAAUGGAACUGGGAAUCAACAUGGUAAGGAAAGAGAUGCACGGGAGUAUUAUGGGAAGGGCAAAGGCAAGAUGGAUGAGAGAGCUGAAGCUAAAUGGGUCAGGACGGCAGAUAGAGGCAACAAAAAGCAUUAUAACGGAAAGGGAAAGUACAACAGAGAAGGGGAGAGUGCCAGAAAUCGGCCCAUUCAGCAAGAGGAGGCAAAAAAGGUAACAAGGAGGAAAAAGAAAGGCAGCCUAUGGAUCAUAGUCAGAAGGAGGCACUACAAGUGAAACCAGUCGGGGGAGAUAAAGAAGAAGGAGAGAUUAGCUCUCCACAGGAACAAUCUUCGGCACGAGCCUCAGAAGAGUUUCAAAAAGCCCUCCUGGAUACUCAAGCUCCAGGUACAGAGGUCAUAUUACCUCGAGAUGAGGAGGAACUGCGGGUUCAACUUGAACAGAAGGUGAUUGAGUAUCAAGCAGAGGGAGAAGAUGCGGCAAUGAUGGAAAUGGAGAUGAUUAAAGCAACUUUUCUGGAGAAUGGGAUUGAUAUGGAUGGUGAUGACAUUCUCAAUGAACUCACCGAUGAGGAAGCUGAACGGGAGCUCAUGGCGAUGGACACAGAUACUAAGAUGCUUAAGGAAGAGAAUAAUGAGGUUCAGGUGGAAGUUAAAGGGAAGGACGGGAAAGAGAUGGUCAAGAAAGCGGGGGCUAAGAAGAAGCUCUUUAAAGGUAACAUCAGUACUGCAGGGAGUACUAAAAUGAGGAAUGCAUGUGCGCUGGUGUGUCCGCGUAAGAAGACUGGAACCAAGAUGACUACUCGGCUGGGAGAGACUUCCAAACAGGGGGAGAACAAGGAUGCAAUGCACAAACGGAGAUAUGUGAUACGAGACGCUCUUGGUAUGUGGGACUAACAACUGGUUGUUGGGAACGAUUGUAUAUGGGUUGGUGGCGGGGCUCUUUAACCCUGUUAUGCCUACACCGUAAUGCAUAUGAUGAGAGGCACAAAUACAAUUGGUUAUAUUGGAUUCGUAUAAGGAGUUAUUGGGAUCAAGGAGUGGUCUCUUUUAUAAACUAUAGAGAGAGGUGGGUUUUGGUUUUG